AUGGCUUCACUGCCGCUGAUUCUGCUCCAUAUUGUCGGGCGUCUACUCCUGGCUGUACUUGGACAACGUUUCGUUGGAAGCGAUGGUAGUCAAUCGCUUGACCCCAUUGAAUUGUCUCCUCAAGGUAGCCUCUCAGAUAGCUGCAAGUAUGGUAUUCGAAUCAGCGAUGAUGGGAUAAAACUGACAUCUCGCAGGUCAACAUUUGAAACAAACGUCACCUGCCAUAGAGCUCUGCCAUCUAUUGCAUUGCAUGGCCACUUUCCUACUAUUGACGAAUUAGCUGCUCUUUGCACUUCCGACUGUCUACAGUCACUCGACUCCCUGCGUAUUUCUCAGGACAAAUUAUGCGCAAAUGACCUGGUGACCGAGUCUGGCGUACUUUAUCCGGCGACCUUUAUAGUCAAUACCCUGAUCUGGACAUAUAAUUACACCUGCCACAGAGAUCCAACUUCUGGGGCCUUUUGUGCUCCUAUUUUUGAUCGCUGGGGAGACGGGGAUGCCCCUGACCAGAACUGCUCAGAAUGCGUACUGGGUACUUAUCAGAUUCAACUCGGUCAUACCUGGGGCUAUGACAAGGAUCUAUUUGCACAAUUUUCCUCCUUGACUUCGUCUUGCCAUGCCACCGGUUACCCGGUAACAUCACCUCCACCAAUUACUAUUAGUCGCACUACAAGCUCUACCUCAACUACGACGACCGCAAGGCCGCAGAAGGUCUGUAGCAGCAAGUAUACGAUCAAAGAAGGCGAUGACUGCCACUCAAUCAGCAAAGCACAGCGCGUCUCGACGAACAACCUACUAUACCUCAAUAACCUCGAAGGAUCAUGUACUCACUUUCCAGGGCCAGGGACUACACUCUGCAUGCCUCCCACUUGUGAAAUCUACACAGUAGAGAAAAAUGAUAGUUGCUACGACAUCUCUAGGACCUUCAAUAGGAAGUUUACUGUCUCCCAGCUGAUAUCCUGGAAUAUUGAUAUUAGCAGGAACUGCGACAACAUAGAGAUGCUAGUCGGGAAACAGAUAUGUGUCAGUUUCCCAGGGGACCUCCCGGGAGACCUCCCAGCUACUACUUCCCAGCCAGUUACGACUCCAGCACCAAUUCCUACGAAUAUAGUUGAAGGAACAAACACCAACUGCUCUAUGUACUACGAGGUGAUUGCUGGAGAUAACUGUGCAUCGAUUGCUCAAAUAUCGAGUAUCACACUAGCGGACUUCUAUUUCCUUAACCCUGAAGUCAAUAGCACAUCAUGCAACAACUUACUCCUGGGGUACAGCUAUUGUGUCCGGGCGUUGGGGGAUAUUAGUACCUACCCUGGGUAUGCUGGUCUGACGACAGAUCCGUGUGUUGGAGGCACAACCACCGGCCCAGCCAGCUGUUAUGUGACAACUUACAUAACCCUGCCACCAUGGGAUUUCCCGUCCAUCCCCCCUGAAUCUCCCGAUCCUACGACGACGUCUGUUACGAGUUAUACAACCCCUCCUGUUGUUAAAACUACUACUUCAAGCACACGUGUACCUAACUAUACACUCGACCCGCACCAGACUGGGUUGGUUGAUGGCUGUAUCGACUUUUACAAGGUUCGGCAGGGUGACACUUGCAACGAUAUUGCACAACGGUUGGGGGUAGCUCUUAGCGACAUUUACCUAUGGAACCCUGCUCUUAAGGGCGACUGCACUGGAUUGUUGGCUGGAUAUUGGAUAUGCCAAAAGGUUAGAUCUACCCCCCCAACUACCCCAACGACGACCACAACCUCUUUAAAGAUAGAAACACCCACUACAACCACGGUCGAUGGAGGGGUGUUACCCCCUGGCCCUACCCAAGCAGGGAUUCCCGCUGGCUGCAAUAAAUGGAUAGCUCAGAAGAGUGGAGUAUAUUGUUACGAUAUGGCCGCUGCUGCCGGUAUCUCCCUAAACUGCUUAUAUCAAUUGAACCCUGCGCUGAACACAAGCGCUGGGGAGUGCGUGGGGCUAUGGGCUGGAUAUGCAUACUGUGUUGGGACCGUUUCCCAUAUAUGUAAAUAG